UGUCGCUUUGUGGUGAGGAAUGUUUUGAUGCAGUUAGCAAAAAUGUUAGAGGGGUCGUUGAGCAACAGAAACAACUGCAGGGCUAUAUGUCUAUGAAUGUUUUGUCACGGUGUGGCUGUGUAUACGAGUUUUUUUUUAUACAUAUAUUUUUUUCCCCGAAGUAUUGUCGUUUGCAUCUGCUAGCAUCGUAUACGUCUGUUUUUAGCCAUAUGCUAGAUGGGAAUGCAUGUAUGCGCCAGCAACCAAUGUCGAGGAUGCGUUGGGCUUGCUUGAUAAUCUGAUACUGCCCCUGAGUUAUUAUUAGCUAUGGACAUAGCGGUUUUCUUGGCCCAAACACUGUCCAUGUCAGGACGAAGCGAAAUGGACACCAUAGCCUCAUCACCGCGGUGACCGUAGCAACUGGAGUCCGCCACGUCCUGUCCACACGCCCAGUCAUAAAGAAUCCAUCCCGUGGCUGUCUUUCUUUUCUAUGACACAACAAGUUUAUGCCCAAUUAGAUUCGGUGGAAUCUCUAUUGGACGAUAUCCCAUAUAUGUUUUAUCUGGGCUUGUUCUUUGUGAACGUCUUGAUCCUUUACUAUGCCUUUUUAAUGGAGUACAUCGUCCUGAAUGUAGGGAUAGUAUUUCUGCCAGAGGACAUGGACCAGGCGCUGGUGGACCUCGGAGUGCUCUCCGACCCGGCCUCUGUCCCCUACGACACGGACAUGGAGCUGGAUGUGUUCGAGGGAUAUAUUGAGUGACAUUACGGAACAGGAGGAAGGAGCAUCUUCCGAUGAUGAUGAUGAUGAUGAUGAUGAUGAUGCAGAAGUGCGGGACAGGUGGAGGCAGCGUGAUCCAUCCCUGGCUGCUGAUGUGGAUGGGAAAUAUGCUGCUGUUGUUGCCUUCCUCUGACACAGAAGAAACUGUUAAAAAGGUGUCUCAGCUCAAACUAAGGUACCUGGAGGAAGAGAUAAAGCAAGGUGGCUGAAGGAUGACUGUCCCAUGGAAAGAGUGCACUUUGCACUGGAUCAGUUGUCCAUCGGUCCAGCUGACUCGGGCCAGACACCGGAGACAUCACACUGCGUUUGCAUCCCUCACUGUGAACACAAUGAACAAUAAUAAGGAGGCACAGUGUGCUGCGGGUGGAGAGAGACGGCUGUUCACUGUGGAGUAGAACGGAGUGUUAUCAGACAUGUGGAGCAUGUGUAAGACUGUCGUGCAUUGCAGCCAGUUCAGGUGCAGCAACCUUAGUUGCAUUUAUACACAACAGUUACCCAGGCAAUUGCAAAGACCUGGUGGCUGACUGACAAAGGACAUGGAAUACUUCAACACUUCACAUUAAAACACAAGUCGCAGUGUGAUGUGCUCCAUAGAAGACGUCUCAGAAGUACUGUUAAAGUGCGGAAAAAAUAUACUGCAUACUGCAUACUUCAUUCACAGAAGGAGUUGUAAUUAUGUGUCAUUUUAUGUCAGAAUACUGAAUUCAUUGCUGCUUUGCAGGAUCACACAUACUCAAGGCAUCAUUUAAAAUGUAUCUUUUGAGGCCAGUAAUGCAUACUGUGUGUUAGGCUUUAGAGAUAUAUGUACACUUGGCUCAGGAGCGCAGUGAAGAUCUAAUAACGCUGACACUGAACAAAGGAUUUAAACCCAUAAAUUAUAUCUGUCUUCAAACUCCUAUAAAUCAGAAUCUACUAACCACCAUUCAUUGUAAGGCAGAAACCAUCAUAAUGUCUUCGGUUUGACAAUUUGAUUUUCCUCAGAACAUGAGUUCAGCCAGCUGGCCAAAUGUGCCAAAUUUUAUCAGUAUAAGAAAUAUCUGACUGAACCCUUAUUUUUUUUAAUAGAAAUAUAAGGGUAAAGAUGUUUGAUGUGUUCAUCUAUUGCAUAUAUUAUUUUACGCAUGACACUGGUUGUGUUUUGUUUUUUUAUUGUCAAAUUGUUUUUAUUGAUCUUUAAUAACUUUGCUAGCAAUAAACUGGUUUUAAGCAACAGGGUAAUUUGAUGAAGUAGGUUGUAUAAACUGAGCAGGUUGUUAAUACAUCUGCUAGAUCAGGUUGUGGGUGGAUGAAAGAAAACCCCUUCAUGUCAGCGAUACUUGUAAAGAGAUUAACCAGAUAUUUGUAAGCCUUGCACAUUCUGUACUGUCGGUUGCUGAAGAGCACUAAAACACAGCUAAAAGAAAUUCAAGAACAGUGACUGAACAGUAGACGCAUUAUUUCACUCAUUCUAUAUCCAUCCACCACUAUAAGCAAACUGUGCAUUAAUCACUGACAACCAAAGCCAUAGAGAUGAAAACCAUUUCAAAAUACAUGCACAUGCUUUUUUUCACUGCAUUUGUAUAGCCAGUGUUUGAUCAACGAUCAAAAAGCCAUAGUGAAACAAACAGAAAUGUAAUAAAAAUGAAUAUUUUUAAUAUGUGGAUGACAGUGCAGUCAGGUGGUACAGAUAUUUUUGACUUGUAUUCAAUCCAAAAAGACUCCCUAUAUCAAAAGUUCAAGAGGGGAUCAAUCGGUGUGAAUCACUGGUGGCAAAUUAUUUUUUCUUUUUGGAUUAUGGCUGCCAUUAAAUAACAUAUAACAUAUGAUGAAAUAAACAAUGUUUGCAUAUGCUUAUGUAAA